AUGGAUGCUACGUUAGAAUUUAUGUUGAACGAUUUCGGGGAUUUCGAUGAUAUUUUGGUGCGCAUGGAUGAUUGGGAUGAAAUGGAAGAAUUUGAGAAUUUUUGGAUGGAUGAUAUAGUAAUGUUGUUUCAUGAUGAUGAUGAUGAUGUGGUGUUUGUUGAAGAGCCUCGUGGUGAAGGGUGUGAGUUUAAGGAAGAUCGUGGUGAUGAUGAUGUGGUGUUUGUUGAAGAGCGUCGUGGUAGUGGGAGCAUGUGGUAUGAAGGUGAUGGUGGUGAGGAUGGUCUAUUAUUUAUGGUGGAAUGUGUUUUAAUGAAUGUAUAA